AUGAAACUCUGCAUCCUGCUCACGCUCGGGACUCUGGUCGUGCUCGUUCAAGGAAUGCCGCCAAUCAGCAGGGAUUUUAACACACACUGUCGGUGCCUGCAAUUUGAGUCGAGGAUCAUCCCUUCGGCGAGCCUGAAGAACAUCAAACUGGUCCCAGAGGGGCCUCACUGUGCCGAAACCGAAGUCAUAGCCAGCUUGACGAGUGGGGAGAAGGUCUGUCUGAAUCCUCGAUCCGACUGGGUGAGGAAGAUCAUCCACUUUGUGCUUGAGAAACAACUUCGCAGGAACCCAGCGUAA